AUGGAGACUCUUAGAAACAACAGGAGCACAGGAGCAAACAGAGGAGUCUUAGCAAUUUUGGACUUAGUCGACUUAGGAAUAGGAGAGGAAAGGAAGGGAAAAGAAAAGAAAGGUGAUAGGAAAGGAAAGGAAAGGAGAGGAAAGGAAAGGAAAGGAAAGGAAAGGAAAGGAAAGGAAAGGAAAGGAAAGGAAAGGAAAGGAAAGGAAAGGAAAGGAAAGGACCAAGAAGAGAAAGGUGAAUAG